CAUUCCUUCUUAGCAGCUAGGCUAACUGUGUCAGCUGUAUACUCGGUUGUAAACAUGUAGCCGUUUUUUUUUUAAUUUAAUCCUAUUGCUACUAGGCGGUUGUUAACCUGUUUGCUAGUGGUCCCAAUAAUGAUGGCUGUGGUCCUAAAAAUAGCCGUUACGGAACCAGGGCAGUGUACCGAGAGCUUGGUAAAUAGCUAGCUAGUUAACUAUUGAGCCGUGUUUUCAUGAGGCUGGCCUUGCUAUUUGGACAGCUAGCUAGCUUCCAUUUGGCAGUCUCGAAAGCCUAAAUCGGGGUUAGCAAAACAAGGGAGGAUGGAAAGUAAUGCUGUCUAACAAGGACACAAGUGCAGGCAUCAUGAAGAAAUCUAGAAUUGCUGGAACAUCGUCGCCAGUAAAUGGAAAGCAAGACUGGGACACCAGACGGAAGAGGAAAAUAGCGGAUAUCACGCAGGCCCUCAGUGGGAGUCCAGUGGACGUAGCGGCUCUGAGGAGGAUGGCUAUCAGUGAAGGGGGACUACUGACCGAUGAGAUACGGUGCAAGGUUUGGCCUAAGCUCCUCAACGUCCCGCUUGAUGUCUUGAAUCAAGAGCCAGAAACUGUAGACCGUGAAAAUAACAAGGACUACAACCAAGUGUUGCUGGAUGUCCAGCGUUCACUGCGUAGGUUCCCACCUGGUAUGCCAGAUGAGCAAAGAGAGGGUCUCCAGGAAGAGUUAAUUGACAUCAUCCUCAGAGUUCUGCAGCGUAAUCCCCAGCUGCACUAUUACCAAGGAUACCAUGACAUUGUCGUGACCUUUUUAUUAGUUGUGGGAGAGCGCCUUGCAACUGCUCUAGUGGAGAAGCUCUCCACACAUCACCUCAGGGACUUCAUGGAUCCCACUAUGGACAACACAAAACACAUUCUUAACUAUCUGAUGCCCAUCAUUGAAAGGGUCAACCCUGAGGUGCAUGACUUCAUGCAACAGGCUGAGGUUGGUACAGUCUUUGCUCUCAGUUGGCUCAUCACCUGGUUUGGCCACGUCCUGUCAGACUUCCGCCACGUUGUACGGUUGUAUGACUUCUUCUUGGCCUGCCAUCCUUUGAUGCCCAUCUACUUUGCUGCUGUGAUCGUGUUGUAUAGGGAGGAGGAGGUAUUGGAGUGUGAAUGCGAUAUGGCCAUGGUUCAUCACCUGCUGUCCCAGAUUCCCCAGGAUCUGCCCUAUGAGACACUCAUCAGCCGAGCAGGAGACCUCUUUGUCCAGUUCCCCCCCUCUGAACUGGCUAGAGAGGCCAUGACGAAUGAAAGCACGGCAAGCUCCACCUUUAAGGACUUUGAACUUGCAUCCACUCAGCAACGACCAGACUCGGUUCUCCGUCGCAGACGUAGACAAAAACAGGCUGCACUGGAGAGCUCAGGAGUGAGCUCAGUAGUUGCAGUGGCACAGCCUUCAGCAGCACGGCGGUUUGUUCGACUUGCAGUCAUGGGUCUCACUGUGGCUUUAGGGGCAGCGGCGCUUGCUGUGGUCAAUACUGCUCUCGAGUGGGCCCCCAAGCUAGACUUAUUUCCUUGAACUGCUUUUCUUUUACAGCAACACUCCAAGUAAUCUGUCCUCGACUAAAUUGAGCCGGUGGGUCUGUUACCAAGAACCCUUUAAUCGUUUAAACCACAAACCAUGGAGUUGGCAACACUGUCUGGGGUGCACUCUCUGAAGUCAGCCGGUUAAUGGUCCUCCUUUGUCCUGUAGAAUGUUUUUCUACUCUGUGUAGGGUUUGUCGGGCCUGCUUUGUGAUUCCAGAGUGGGCACCAGUGUAAAUGCUGCUGGUGUUCUGAAAUGAAGAAUCAUUGUCAUUGUGAAGGAACUAUCUCUAAGACCAAUUAUUGAUGGUCAUCAUUAACAUUUAUUUAUUUAGUAUUAGGAUAAUCUGAAGGCAUUAUCCUCACAGGGGUUAUGCAGAAAACCCGUUGGACUCACUACACUUGAAACUGCUGCCAAUUAAGAGAGCCUGAGUGAAUGUGUGAGUUUGUGUGCGUUUGCAUGUGUGUGUGCAGUCACAAACAAUUUGUUAGCUAUUUGAUACCCAGACUGAGACCAAAUAGGGGAUUCUUAGAAUUCUCUCUUUGUAAAAUUUACUGUUUAUUGAUUUCAAGGUAAGUAAUUGUACAGAAACAUGACACACAGGCACUUUAAGGGUCACCAGUUUAUUAUUUUUAGGACAUUUUGUUCUUUUGUGUGAUUUAGCCUUUUCAGUUAGAGAAUAAAGGUAUCUUCUCUUAAGGACUAAGUAUCUUUAACACACAUCACCAGCUGUUGCCCUUGUCUUGAGGUUAAAUGUAACUGGUCUUAGAUAAGUAAGUACAUUGUAGCUUACUUAAAAUUUUUUGUAUGUCCAAAUUUAUAUUUGGAAAUUGGCCCUCUCAACAGAAUAUAGCUUCCAUCGCCCAGGAAGUAAAGAAUAUCAGAAUAGUUAAACAAGAACUUUUCAGUUAUUUAAAUGUUUGCUUGCACACACACCUGAAAAUUAGUCUUUUUUGUGGACCCAAAUGACUGUUUAUGGUUUGGACUUUUUGUUUUGUUUUUUUCUUGAGUAGAUGAUCAAAUCCUAAUAGUUCCUACCAUAUGGUCAUUCACUCAAUGCCUAGUAACAGUAAAUAUCAGGAGUGGAAUAAGUAAAAUUAAGUGGAUAAUGUAGUCUUCAGAUUGGCAGUAUGGCAGAUCCAGCUUAUACUGACCGCAUUAGUUUUGCAAAAUCACUUUAAAUUUGAUUUGAUAGUUGCUUUUACUCGUAUUGGAAGGGUGCUGCUGUUAGAGAAGUGCCCGAGCCUUCAUAUUAAUGCUGUCUAAUAUUUUAGAUUUAUAUGUGACUUUAGCUUGAUUUGAGCAGAUCCUCUUUGUAAACUGAUUUGAGUGUAAAUAGGUCCGGCAUACAGGAUUGUUCAAGUCAUUUUCAUUAAAAGCACAUAAAUAGGAGAUUCCUUUUUCAUUGGAUUUGGUAGUUUGUCAUUUGAAAAACCAGUCUUAACAGAAAACACUGCAAUCAGUUUGUUAGAGAACUUCAGUCUAAGAUGGCAAAUUUGAAAUAUCUGUGAUCUUUAUGAAGUGUUUUUCUUAACAUGAAUCUUCACAAUUCAUGUUUCAAAUGUCAGCCUUGAGUUGUAGGUUACCUAUACUGGGACACAGAACAAGUAGUCCUCUAAAAACUUCUUAUUUAGGUUAAGCUCAUCAAAGUGAUUUUGACUGAUGCUUUUAUUUUUUUUUGCUAUGGGAAGCUGAACACGUGGCACUCUUGUAGUCCUGUGCAGUGUGUGAUUGGUUUAUUGGCCUUGUAAUGACCCUCUCAAUCAGCUGGUAAGGGAUCCACAAGCUGACUGAAAGAAAGGUGACCUGGCACAGUUCCAAGGAUGCUCUUAGGUUGCUGAGAGCAUAGUGCUUCAGCAUUGUUGUAAUGCACCGCGUAUCUGCACUCAGUGAUAUUCAUUUAUUUUCAUUGCACUAAAUGGUUUAUCUGCCUUUUAUGUUUAUUUUUGUUACAAUCAAACUGUCGUACUAAUGUAAAGUUGUACAAGGAAAUGCUAAUAAACUAGAGUGAAAAUUG